CAGUCAUGUGAUCAGCUGUGUUCAAUCAUAGCUGAUCACAUGGGACAUUUGCACUGAUGAUCAGUGUAGCCCCAGCAGUACCACCUGUCAGUGCUCAUCAGUGCCAGCUGUCAGUGCUCAUUAGUGCCAAUGCCCAUCAGUGCCACAUUUCAGUGCCUAUCGGUGCACAACAAUUCCACAUAUCAGUGCCCAUCUGAGCUGCCUUUCAGUGUCACCCAUCAGUGCCAGUCAGUGCCACCUAUCAAUGCCAAUCAGUGCCACCUAUCAGUGCUGCCAAUCAGUGCCGCCUAUCAGUGCGCAUCAGUGCCGUAUAUCAGUACCCCUUAUCAG